ACUCUUCUCACUCCAACUGGAGGAGGAGGAGAAAGAGGAGAAGAUCUUCUGUUGCUUCUGAAGAUUGCUUCAGAGAGCACUGCUCCUCUGUUAAAUUUCAGAGUAAAAUUGAAGAAAUUGAACCGGAAUUUCGAGAAAAGGUGCAGCGAAACGAAGACAAUGGAGAUGCAAAACGACACUUCCUGUACCGCUUAUGGCGGCCACGCCACAUCUGCAAUGCCGCAAUCGCCACUUAAAUCGCAAUCUAGCGAAGAUAAUGCCGUGUUCGCUUCCCUCUACUCCGCUAUAUUCGAUCGCAAGCCUUCGGUAAGUCGAUACGACGUCGAAGAAUCGGACCACGACUCGUCUUCAGCUCACCGCCACCGCCAACUCUACCAUUCGAUCCUCGUUCAAGAUCAUCAGGAGAUGGUGAACCGCCACAGCCGCUGCCUCAAGCGCCUCCAAGAAACCUCCGAGGAAGCCGACGCUCUCCGUCGCGAGAACGUUCAUCUCCGCUCUCUCAAUCUCGAGCUCAACAAGCAACUCAGUCUACUCAUCCACGCCUCCGUGCAGAAACAGUUCGGUUCCCCUUCCUCUGUGCAGACAACGACGCCGUUUGGGAUCGUUAGCGGACUUCGCGACAUGAGAAUUGAUGACAAGCGAGCAGAGCGGGACGUGUCCAACAAGAGCCCUACGAGUGUGAUUGAGAGCGAAGGCGGCGACGCCGAGAAUAUUGAUGUGGAGAGGUUUUCGCUGCCUAAGAGCAUUUCUGUGAGGUCUAACGGAUACGUGAAGGCUGCUCAGGCCGCUCAAGCCGGUGCUAGCACUGCCACUCGGACUGUGACCGCCACUGCAUUCAAUGCUUCGCAAAAAGUGUUCGUUCCGAAAGGGGUGAAAGAGGAGGAGCCACCGCUGGAAUUGGAAGUUUACAACCAAGGCAUGUUCAAGACAGAGCUGUGCAACAAGUGGCAGGAGGUCGGAGAGUGUCCUUACGGCGAUCACUGCCAGUUUGCACAUGGGAUUGAGGAGCUCCGCCCUGUGAUCCGCCACCCGCGCUACAAGACCGAGGUCUGCAGGAUGGUGCUUUCCGGUGCUGUCUGCCCGUACGGUCACCGCUGCCAUUUCCGCCACGCCCUCACCGAGAAUGAGAAGCUGAUGGUUCCAAACAAGCCCAGGCAAAGGCAGUUCAAUCGGGACAGGUAAAAUAAAUGAGUAUGAUGAUGGAGAGCCAAAUGUUUAUGUUACAUAUGCCUCCCAUCGGAAGAUAUCGUAUAUAUAUCGGGUAUGAAGUAAGUAUAAAUACGGACUUAAACAAAAUAAAAACUAAUUAGUCUCAUAUGAUACGAUGCGGUAAGUAAUAAACAUGUUUAGGUCAAAUGUGUAAAAACUUAAUGGCGAUGGCGUAAAAGGCAAAGGAAAAUGGCCUGAAAAGGUGAAGAAAAGACACGGUUUCUAGCCAGAGAGAUAUGAGCUCCUAUCUCAUUUUUGUAUAAGUUGAUUCGGGUUCAACUAAAUUGAACAUUUGGAAGCAUCAUCAUAUAUACUUCUUCAUCCAUGAGGUGUUUGGUGUUUCUUCAGAGAUAUGAGCUCUUAAGCCUCCUUUUUUUUUUUUUUUUUUUUUUUAAAUAUUGUUAUAUUGUUCCUCUAUAAGGAAUGAAUUUUGCACGUUAAUGUAUCUUUUAAACCGCACAUU